AUGUCGUCAGUUUCUCGUCGGGCGUGCUACAAGUGCGGUGAGCUUGGCCACCAUGCCGAGGCCUGCGCCUCGCCGCAUCGGCUCUGCUACAACUGCAAGCAGCCAAACCACGAGUCGAACGAGUGCCCGAUGCCCCGCACCACCAAAGCGAAGCAGUGCUACCACUGCCAGGGUCUCGGACACGUCCAGGCCGAGUGCCCUACGCUCCGUCUGAGCGGCGCCGGCGCCGGCAACCGGUGCUACAACUGCGAUUCUAUUGGCCAUCUGGCUCGCAACUGCCCUAACCCCCCUGUCCCCGGGGCUGGUCGAGGCGGCAUGGUCCCCCGCGGCGGCUUUGCUCCCGUGCGGGGCGGAUUCGUCGGCGGACCCCGUCCGGCAACAUGCUACAAGUGCGGCGGCCCGAACCACUUUGCUCGCGACUGCCAGGCGCAGGCGAUGAAGUGCUAUGCCUGCGGCAAGCUCGGCCACAUCUCUCGUGACUGCACCGCCCCCAACGGCGGCCCACUCAACACCGCCGGCAAGACUUGCUACCAGUGCGGCGAGGCCGGCCACAUCUCGCGCGACUGCGCCAACAAGGCCGGCCCCAUCGGCGAGAUGCAGCCCGAGGUCGAGAUGGCCGGCGCUCCGGUCAUGCCCCAGCCUGUUGCCCCUCUCGCGCCGGUUUCCUAA